AUGUAUGUCUUGGACCGAUUACUUGCCCUUCAGCUUGGACGGCCCAUGGCUAUCCAUGAAGUUGAUUUUCAGGUGGAAUUGCCUUCUUUGAGUGAUCAGUCUCCAUUCCUUCCUUCUGGCCAAUCCGAAGACAGCCAGGUCGGCCCUGUGGCCCAUAGCCAGAUGAUGGGCUAUUUUGUGGAGGUGAUACGAUUCUCGCAUAUUGUCGGACAAGUCAUUCGAAUGCUAUACCGGCCAUCCCAAAUUGAUCUAUCUCCAGAUCAUAUGCUUCAUAGUGCAUCUAGUCUGGACCAACGCUUACUUGAAUGGAAAGUGAGCUUACCACGGCAUUUGCGCUUCGACAUGGGCCACACUUUUGAAAAGUCCAUGUCAUUCAAACGCCAGCGUAACAUGCUUGCGGUGAAGUUCCAUCAUCUUCGUGCGCUAAUUCACCGACCGUUUCUCUGUCUACCACUUCUGCAGAUGAACAACCAGUCCUUCAUGAACUUGCUCAUUCGGGAUAAAGAGCGUAUAUCCCAGGCAGAGUCAAUCUGUGUUCACGAAGCUCAAGAAACAGCUCACCUACUUCACAACGUCGUAGAUGAGCGGAGUUUGGUUCACGACUUCCCAUGGUGGCAGAUGAUAUCAUGUCUCAUCUGUGCAAGCUCUAUCUUAUUCGUCGCAGAAAGCUUCUAUAACAGUAACAGUCCCACGCAUAGCAAGGCUUCUUCACAAAGCCUGCGUGAAGACGCCGGGACUUGUCUGAAAGUGUUUGAAGCUCUCAGCUCGAACUCCGCUGCGGCCAGAAAGGCCGCAGAUAUAUUGCAAGGUCUUUCUCAGAUGCGUCGAUCAACAGAAGAAGCAAUCGGCUCGUCAAACCUAGUCCCUGCCUCUCAACUUCUAUCUACCAACUAUGCUCCGAAGAACGGACCUCUGUCGACCGAGACCAAUGCUGACCUUGUGUCGCCUACCAUUUUCCCGUCCCCGCAAAUAUCGGCUGAUCCGUCCAAUCUCAAUGACUGGCCAAGCGAGAUUUCCAGUGCCAUGGAAUGGUCUAUUCGAUUUCUGGAUUACCCUCACUUUCAGUCAAGUGAUAUUCCCCUUCCAACGACUAACCUAAAUUAG